UCCCAGAGAGAUGAGGGAAGUUUUGCGUUUCAUCCUGUUGAAUCCAAAGUAAUAAUAAUAAAAUAAGCAGGCGCGCGGAAACGACACUGGAGAUAAAGGAGACCGCAAUAAACAAAAGAAGUCUGGAUUAUUAUUUCACCGAGCUGAUUCUAACCGGUCUACAAAUGAGCAACAGUAAAUGACAUUGAUGAGGCCCAGUCGCCCAAUGAAAGAGGAGUGACCACAUCACCCUCCUUUUGUUCCACUGCAUCCAGAGGCCAGUGAGGCUGAAGAGGCGCCCCCUUCAGCCCGCCUCAUUUUGUCACCAUUUCCUCUCUGAGUUGGCCCCCAAACGUGUUUCAAAACUGUUUCUCCAACGCUUUUUCCAGAAACUCAGACUGUUUUCCAAAGCAGAAGCAGCACAGCCCUCCCAGACUGAGGUGAUGGGAAGCGUGCGAGCCAGCCGCUACAGCAUUGUGUCAUCAGAGGAGGACGGAAUGAAGCUUGCCACAAUGGCAGUACCCAACGGCAACAGCAAGGGCAAGGUGCACACGAGGCACCAGCCGCAGAGCAGAUUCGUAAAGAAAGACGGUCACUGCAACGUGCAGUUCAUCAACGUGAGCGAGAAGGGUCAGCGGUACUUGGCUGACAUCUUCACCACAUGUGUGGACAUCCGCUGGAGGUGGAUGCUCAUCAUCUUCUGCCUCGCUUUCCUCAUGUCCUGGCUGUUCUUUGGCUGCGUCUUCUGGCUGGUGGCUAUCUUUCAUGGGGACUUAGAAAAUAAUCCCAAAAAAUGUGUCUCCAAUGUUGGCAGCUUCACCGCUGCCUUCCUGUUCUCCAUUGAGACUCAAACUACCAUCGGUUAUGGCUACAGAUAUGUGACAGAUGAGUGCCCGAUUGCUGUCUUCAUGGUGGUGUUCCAAAGCAUUGUGGGCUGCAUUAUUGAUGCCUUCAUCAUUGGUGCUGUCAUGGCAAAAAUGGCAAAACCCAAGAAGAGGAAUGAAACUUUGGUUUUUAGCCAUAACGCUACAGUGGCCAUGAGGGACAACAAGCUCUGCCUGAUGUGGCGUGUUGGGAAUUUAAGGAAGAGCCACCUGGUCGAGGCGCAUGUACGAGCUCAGCUUCUCCAAUCCCGAACGACAGCAGAGGGUGAGUACAUCCCUCUGGACCAGAUGGACAUAAAUGUGGGCUUUGAUAGUGGAGUUGACCGCAUCUUCUUGGUCUCCCCAAUCACUAUUGUACAUGAGAUCAAUGAGGACAGCCCUUUCUAUGACAAGAGCAAACAGGACCUGGAGAACUCAGAGUUUGAAAUCGUAGUAAUCUUGGAGGGUAUGGUCGAGGCGACGGCGAUGACCACGCAGUGCCGGAGCUCCUAUGUUGCCAGCGAGAUCCUCUGGGGCCACCGCUUUGAGCCUGUGCUCUUCGAGGAAAAGAACUACUACAAAGUGGACUACUCCCGCUUCCAUAAGACAUACGAGGUGCCGAGCACCCCUCUGUGCAGCGCCAGAGACCUCGCAGAGAAAAAAUUCAUUCUUUCCAACUCCAACUCCUUCUGCUAUGAAAACGAGAUGGCGCUGGAGAACAAAGAGGACACCGACGAGGGGAACGGGGGCAGCGUUGGCCCUGACGGCACCCAGACAGACAACAUCUCAGAGAAUGAACACAACCAAGCCAUGGUGCCAUUAGAGCCCCGGCCUCUGAGACGAGAGUCCGAAAUAUGACUUAAGAUAUAACAUGAGAGAUUUUCUAAUAAUCGCCUCUCCGAUCUGAAAAACCACUAUGAGCCAAGCUGGGACUUGAGUUAGAGGACGACCCAAACGGUACUGCUGUGGAAAGCCGCAGUGAGGUGAAAGACUCCUGAUGAGCCUGUUUGAACCUUGACUACAUACAGCAUGACAAAACACAGCACUAUGAACCAUGUGCAUAUUGCAGGAUGAAUUCUCCCCUUGAAGUGUGCUCAGUGUCUGGUGACUGCAAAGACAACAGAGGCUAUUGUGAUGACAUGAAAACUGCAGGCAUGUCUCAGUUGCUCUGUCCAGCAAGAACAGGCUUUCAGAAAGGUGUUUUUUUUUUUUUUUUUUUUAAUACUUCUCUAGUGCUGCUAGGAAAAGUGGAAGUUACACAAAAAACCCUUUAAAAAUACUUUCAUUCUGAUGCUCUCACAGAGCCAAAGAGUUAAGAAAUCAGAUGUAUGAAACAAAGAAGGUACAUGUUGUUUGUUUAUGAGCUGGUCUCGUAGCAGACGUCACUGAAUAACCUGCAGAGAGCUUUCCUUUGACUUGAUAGCACUGAUUCUCUGAGCUUUAUCCUUUGCCGUAAAUGUUUGAGCUGGUCAGACUGAUAGAAACAUGCCUGCUCUCAUCAAGAGAUCAGAGCAGGGUAGUAUUAUAACGACAUCAAACUGACAGAAAUCACUCAUUUAAACUGAGACGGGGGUCAUAUAAGAAUCUGAAUGUUCUUAAAAGUGCUGCUAUGAUGUUGCUUCUUUUAUACAGCUGACAAUGCCAAAGAGUGUUAUUAUUAUCAUAGUUAUGUUUCUUAAAAAAACAAACACCUAAUUAGAUUUGGUACAGAGAAAGUAGAAAGUUUAAUAAGUUUUAUGUAAGGUUUGUUUUUUGUGUACAGUUGUUUUGUUUUUUUAUGUUGAAUAUCUGUAUCUGGAGCCGUUUCAUCAAGCCUUAAUCUGGACACUUAUAAUGGGGAAAGUGAUCAUAUAUAAAUCAGCCAAACUUCUUUUAAUGGGCCAAUGAUGUUCAGAUUCAUAUUUUUGGUGUCAACUUGAAGAGUUAACCUUUAUUAAGUUAAACCUUUAUUUUUAAGGUUUUUAAAUAUGAAUACAUGCAUAUUGUGUGUGUCAAUUCAUCAAAUACACUAAAAGAAGACUGUUCUAUGAAUAAAUAUCAAAUCUCAAAGUAAAGCCGGUUUCCCUGUGUAAUGAAUGCAGACUACAAAUCUGCCUACUUCAUUAUGAGAACCACUUCAUUCUCUGUGUAAUGCUUUGGUUUUACUUGAGAAUGUAAGAUUUCAAACCAAAAAAAAACUAAAAGCUGUACUGUAACUGCACAAGAGUUUGCAUCAAUACAAAUUUAUAUUCUAUAUCUGUUGUGGCAGAAAGCCGGUGGGCUCCAUAGGUAGAUCCUGCAUCUGUAAAUACCUCCCUCCCUGUUGCAGUUUUUUGUAUCAG